GAAGGAAGUCACAGCCCAUGUUAGGAAAUGUUCCCUCCGGACCGCUGCUGCAGUCAGCUGGACAGCUCACAGAGUAGAUCGCAGACAAGGACUCCUCUCCGGGACGGAUCAUAAUCAUAAUCAUAAUAAUAAUCAUCCACAAUCAUGGCUCAAGCUAAAAUACAGGCGAAAAUGAACGAGGGUACGUGCAGCAAGUUCAGCAGGACGAUGUCUAUGGCAGAUCGCUCCGGACAACUGCUGGAAAGUUUGGAUCAGCUGGAAAUAAGGGUGGAGGCUUUACGCGAAACCGCCUCGGCCAUGGAGCAGGAGAGGGAGUUCAUCCUGGAGAUGAUUCAGUCCAUACAGAACGGACAGGAGCUGAGAAACGUCUGUGCUGGGGAGAGAGAAGAGUUGAAUUUAACCGCAAACCGCCUAAUGGGCCGGACGCUGUCUGUGGAUAUCUCUGUCGGCACGAUCAGAAACCCCCAGCAGGAGGAUGCGUUGCGCAAGGCGACAUCUGUAAUCGAUGACAUAGUGAAGAAGAUACUGGAGGACAUGGACAGCGGGCGGCAGCAGCUGCUGGCCCUGCACGCGGCCUGUGUGACCGAGGCCCCGCCCGUCCCCAUCGACCAGAAGUUUCAGGCCAUCGUGAUCAGCUGUGCUCUGGAGGACCAGAAGAAGAUCAAGCGCAGGCUGGAAACUUUGAUGAGGAACGUUGAAAAUGCCGAAAAGAACAUCAAAAUUAUGGAUCACCAAAAACUGGAGGACCCAAAAACCAAUGGCUGUCAAUAAGACUUGACACCAAAACAUGAAAUGUGUCAUAAUGCCACUAACCUCAACCAGAACUGCCGUGAUCAUGUAGCAGUUAGACCAGUCUGAGAAAAUGAUGGUGAAAUGAUACCGAACCAUAGGGCCAAAAAUACAGUAAAGCACAACAGACAACAUCAUUCUCCUUAAAUUAUGGGCAGAAUCAAGUUUUACCUUCAAAUUAUUUAACACUGACCUACUUUAGAUGUGUUGUUUAAUGUCCACACCUAGUACACAAUGUGUGUUCACAUAUGCACUGAAGUAGACAGAAAAGAUACAAUGGCAUGGUCCUCCAUUGGAAGUUUGGUCACUGUUUAUUGUAAAAUCAAGUGCUUGACAAACAAUUAACUUAAUGUUGAAGUAUAUAUAUAUUUUCUGUUUCAUUGUCUCACCUUUUAAAUCCGGCACUCUGUUUUGAUUUUGGAUGUGCACUGCAUACACUACCUCUAUGAGUGAAGACUACACCAAUCACAUUAGGCUGUGGAUUUUAAUUCUUAUUUUCACAAAGCAGUUUUGAUGUCAGAUUGUGUCAAAAAUGUUGAUAAAAACACAUUGUCGAUUAUUCAAAUGGAGUCUAUAGACUGAGUGCUGUUGGCAUCAUGUAUAUUUCUAAAUGAAGACCUAACCAUGACAAUCAUUUACUGUAUGAAGUUACAGACAAAGGGACAACGUCAACAAGGCUUUAGUAACAUAGUGCUGGAGCACCAUGUUUGUCGGUUCUAAAGAUCUUUGUAAAUUUGACAAUAAAGUAUUAACUCAAGGUCUACUUACUAGCUUUUCCACGAGUUUUCAACAAAAUGUAUUGGCUUUUGUCCUCGGUAA